CUUCAACAACGAAACAUCCUUAUACUUUAUUAUUUGGCCGUUUCAAAUGAAUACAAUCCCGUUGAUGGUGACCUUUUAUAUUUUUAAGGUGGCAUGACGGCCGGAGCUUUGGAGAAAAUGGCGCUGACGAAGUCGGUGGUGUGGGAGGCUCUCAGGAUCGAGCCGCCGGUGGCGUUCCAGUACGGCAAGGCCAAACGGGAUCUCACGGUCCGUAGUAGCGACAACAAGUCCUACUUGAUAAGGAAAGGCGAAAUGAUAUUUGGGUACCAACCCUUUGCGACGAGGGACGAGCUCGUUUUCCAGAACGCCGGCGAGUUUGUGCCGGACAGGUUCGUCGGCGACGAGGGCCAGAAACUGGUGCGGAACGUUUACUGGUCUAACGGAAGGGAGACCGACACCCCGGCGGUCAACGACAAGCAGUGUCCCGGGAAGGACUUCGUCGUCUUGCUUUCUCGCUUGCUAUUGGCCCAAUUCUUCCUGCGGUAUGACACGUUUACCUGCGAUUCGGAGAAGUUCUUGUUGGGUUCUAAGGUCACGUUCACAUCGUUGACCAAGGCAACGACGUCAAAGUAGAAUUUUAUCAGCUGCAUGUUCUUGGUGGAUUGCACGUGGCAGAAGGAUGGAGCUUGGUGGUAAUAAACAAAGUCAACGGUUUUUAGUAAUAUCAUGUAGUUGGAUAAUAGAAGUAAUGCGUAGUAAUAAAAAAGGGUUUUCUAUCAUUCUAUCUUUUACCUGCACCAACUUUUGAAAGGCCAGAAAAUUCCUUAAAUAAAAUUUAAAUAAAGAUUAAAUAAAGAUUUGCU